UCCGGGGGUGACGGCGGCGGAGGUUUCCCCGGAGCGGCUGGCCGAGGUGGCGGCUCUGCUGGCGGAGCGGGUGUCAGAGCCGGUGCGAGCGCGUUGGCGCUGGGAGGUCCACCUGGGCCCGCCGAACCUGCAGCAGUUCCGGGCGCAGCUGAGCGAGGCCCGCCGAGGCAGGGACGCCCUGCUGGCCCGGGACGCGGCGCUCUCUGAGGCGGAGCAGCAGCGGCUCCAGGGCUUCCUGAGGCUGGAGAUGGCGCUGCUCCGCUGGUUCCAGUCACGCGGCGAGUGCGAGGCGCCCUGGCAGGCCCGGCGGAGAAAGCCCGGCGGCGGUACGGUUGGAGCGGCCGCGCCUGUCGCGGGCGGCGAGGGGUCUGUGGCGCCGUCGGCCCUGGCCGAGGAGGAGGCGGCGGUGCCGCCGAGCGAGGACAAAGAGCCGCCGGUGGUGGCCGAGCCAGCAGCCGCAGCCGCGCCCACCACUUCGGCGGAGAAGAUCCAGAACCUGUGCACCAUUGGCUGCCUUUGCAAGCCAGGAUUUCCCCUGCAGGGGAAGCAGGGAAGGAAAGAAGAGAGCGGAAGGACCGGCAAGGAUCCAUCCUGCAGCCCCAGAAAUGGUCCCAUAAAGGAAGAGGCCCCUGGAGACCCCGCAGAGUCCCUGAAGCCCUAUGGAGAUGCUCUGCCGGAGAGAGGAAGGAUGGAGACACCCCCUUUGGCCAAGGAGGGGAGUGGAAAAGGCCCCAUGGUUCUUCAGUCUGGGAGAUGUGGGGAGAGCUGGACCAGAACUGGGCAGAAGGUCCUGCAGGAGGGAACCAUCCUCCCUUCAGAAGUUCCACCCUGGACCUCCAUCCAAUACCGGGAGGCUGAAGGUCCCCGAGGACUUUGCAGCCGACUCCAUGACUUGUGCAGGCGAUGGCUGAGCCCAGGAAAGCACAGCAAAGCCCGGAUUCUGGACCUGGUGGUUCUGGAGCGGCUCCUGGCUCUCCUGCCCCCAGAGAUGGAGGGCUGGGUGCGGGAAUGUGGAGCAGAGACCAGUUCCCAGGCGGUGGCCCUGGCGGAAGGCUUCCUCCUGAGCCAGGCGGAGGAGCAGAAGGAGCAGCUCCAGUGGCAGUGCUGUACUAUGGAGAUCAGAGAUCCUGAGGGAAAGAAGAACCCAUCAAAUUCCCCUCAGGAGCUAUUUUUCAGGAGGAUCCCUUGGGAAGAUCCAAGUCAGGACACCUCAGGAGAGAAACAAAGAAUGAAGCUUUCUGGUUUUUAUGAGGGAAAUGAAACAGCGGUUGAACUUCCAAAUCAAGAGGGUCUGGUGUCCUUCGAGGAGGUGGCUGUGUAUUUCUCUGAGGAGGAAUGGUCUCAGCUGGAUCCUGACCAGAAAGCGCUGCAUUCGGAAGUCAUGCUUGAAAACCAUAGGAACGUGGUCUCUCUGGGUAAUAAUGGGCAGGAGAAUCAAGAUUCCUGUGAACUGUUCCAAGUGAUCAGUGCUAAAGAUGGAACGGAGAAGUUUGGAAUUCGAAUGGAAUUCGAAAACCACAAGAGAAACCAGUCAAAGAAUUGGAAUCAGGAAAACUCACCUUACAGUGAUGCUCCAAUGCAAGACUUUCUAGCCCAAGAAGAGAAAAUAAGGAAAAAAUAUAUUGGAAAAAGUGUGAAGCUAAUCAAAGCUAAAGUACAAGUAAAUGAAAACUACUUACCCCAAAACAGAGGAGAAGGUGCUAUAAGAAGUCACAACAGACAAAAUUACAAUGGGACAUUCAUUCCUUCUCUUGGGAAUAACUUCCUUACAUCUCAAAAAGUGACUGACACAAAAGAGAAGCCUUAUAAAUGUUCGGAAUGUGGAAAAUGUUUUAGAACAAGCAGGGAAAUUACUUUCCAUAUAAGGAUCCACUCAAGAGAGAAACUAUAUAAAUGCAUGAAAUGUGGAAAGACCUUUGCUCAAAGUAGUCAUCUUAUUUUCCAUAAUAUGAUACACACAGGAGAGAAACCGUAUAAAUGCAUUGAGUGUGGAAAGACCUUUGCUCAGGACAGUGGUCUUAAAAGGCACAAGAAGAUCCACACAGGAGAGAAGCCAUUUAAAUGCGUGGAGUGUGGAAAGUCCUUUGUUCAGGACAGUGAUCUUAAAAGGCACAUAAAGAUCCACACAGGAGAGAAGCCGUUUAAAUGCAUGGAGUGUGGAAAGACAUUUACAUUUGGUGGUUGCCUUACAAGUCACGAAAAGAUCCACUCAGGAGAGAAACCAUUUAAAUGCAUGGAGUGUGGAAAGUCCUUUGCUCAAAGAGGUAAUCUUAUUUCCCAUAAGAUGAUCCACUCAGGAGAGAAACCAUAUAAAUGCAUGGAGUGUGGAAAGACCUUUGCUCGAAGAAGCACUCUUACUUCCCAUAAGAUGAUCCACACAGGGGAGAAACCAUAUGAAUGCAUGGAGUGUGGAAAAACCUUUGCUCAGAGCAGUAGCCUUAGAAGCCACAAAAAGCUCCAUACAGGAGAGAAGCCUUAUAAAUGUUUGGACUGUGGAAAAUGUUUUAGAAUAAGCAGUCAACUUACUAUCCAUAAAAGGAUCCACACAGGGGAGAAGCCAUAUAAAUGCAUAGAGUGUGGAAAGACCUUUGCUCGUAGCGGUACACUUACUAUCCAUAAAAGGAUCCACACAGGGGAGAAACCGUAUAAAUGCUUAGAGUGUGGAAAGACCUUUGCUAGUAGUGGUACACUUACUUCCCAUGAAAGGAUACACACUGGGGAAAAGCCAUUUAAAUGCAUGGACUGUGGACAGACCUUUUCUCAAAGAGCUACUCUUAUUUCCCAUAAGAUGAUCCAUACAGGAGAGAAACCAUAUAAAUGCAUGGAGUGUGGAAAGACGUUUAGUCAUGAUAAUGGACUUAGAAGCCACAAAAAGCUCCACACAGGAGAAAAGCCAUUUAAAUGCACAGAAUGUGGAAAGACCUUUGCUCAUAGAUCUAAUUUUAUUUCCCAUAAAAGAGGCCACACAGGGGAGACGCCAUAUAAAUGCAUGGAGUGUGGAAAGACCUUUGGUGAAAAAGGUAAUCUUAAUUCCCAUAAGAUCAUCCACACAGGAGAGAAACCGUUUAAAUGCAUGGAAUGUGGAAAGACCUUUGCUCAUAGGUGUAAUCUUAUUUCCCAUAAGAUGAUCCACACAGGAGAGAAACCAUUUAAAUGCAUGGAAUGUGGAAAGUCCUUUGGUCAAAGAGCUACUCUUAUUUCCCAUGAAAGGAUCCACACAGGGGAGAAGCCAUAUGAAUGCAAAGAGUGUGGAAAGACGUUUACUCAUGACAAUGGACUUAGAAGACACAAAAAGAUCCACACAGGAGAGAAGCCCUAUAAAUGCAUGGAAUGUGGAAAGAAUUUUGCUCAGAAUGGUCAUCUUAUGUCGCAUAAAAGGAUCCACACACAGGAGAAACUAUAUAGCAAUAGCAAUUCCACUUACUUAUAUACCACUCCACAAUGCUUUACCACACUC